AGAGGCAGCACAGCGCAGCGUGGGCAGGCCGCCAAAGCCCUUCCUUGUGCUGCAAGCAGGAUGGGGAGCUGGCCAGUCCCCAGAAGGUCUCUGCUGGACCAUCUCCUACUGCAUGGUGUCUCCUGGUGCACUGUGCACUCCUCCAGCUGCCUUUGCAAACUCAGCUAAUCUUUAUCUUUCCCUGUUUCAAGGCAAAAAAAGAAGCCAAAACACUGAGGCUGCGUGUUGUUUUGUUUGGGACUGUCGGAGGUGCUUUAGAGUGGUGGCCCUGAGGUUUCCUCAGCAGAGGAAUGGGGUUCCUAAGGCAUCUGCUGCUAUCCACCCACCCUACAGAGAAUCCAGCAGGGAUGGGCUAUCAGCAUUCCCAUGUGAUGAUGACAGGAAGGAAUGGCAGGUGACAGUGACACCUACAUCCCUGGGAGAGCCUGGAGGUCCACGAAGGACAGCAAUGCACUGGGCACAGUGUGUUAAUAGUGAGUCCAUGCCAGCUCCUGGGAGCAUUCUGUCCUGCAGAGGGGUGCAGCGUGUGCUCCCCAUGUAGGUGCUAGUGCCAUGGGGGUUUUUUCUGUCCCAGCUGGGGGUGGGCAACAGGGAUUUGGCAGACACAGGGUGGUUUGUUUUCCCUUCACCUUGUUUCAAAAUUCCCCCUGCUGUGGUUCUUGCGAAACAGCAAACCACACAGAUACCGCCUGGCCAGCGGCCUCUUGCCCUGGGAAAGUUGCCGGCUGAGGGUGCAACCCCUCCAGGAGCCUCUAUUCCCCUUCCCCAGCCUUGGAACAUCAAAUGUUUGCUAUCAAAAUUUCCUGACUUUCAUCUCCUUCCCCAUGCGCAAACCAAGAUACAGCCACUCAAUCUUAGGGGUGCUGUUACAAAAACACCCAGGUUUUGGGUGCUGGCAAACUGGGGCAUGCCAGGGACUGGUGUACUUACAGAGAUGGCUGGAGAUGUGGUGCAGGACGGAGGGCAGCUGCAGUCCUACAGGAAGAGGCUCGUCAGGGCCAGGGAUCAGGGACUGCGAAUGGUUCACGUCAGCUUUGCAAAAUCCAUCCACAAAUCUCAGCCUGGAGGCUUAUUGCAGAUCAGAAUUAAACCCUUUCGGUGUCAGGAAGGAUUGAGGAGCUGGGAUGCCUUGUUUUGCUUGUUUUCUAUUAAUUAUCAGGGUAGGUGGUUGCCUAAGUGGCUUGGGAUACCAGGCUAGGGCGGGGGCAGUGGUGUGCGGAGGAAAGGCGGUGAGAAGAGAUGGGGUGGAGUGAAGGGAGCAGAGCCAAGGAUGGAAACCGGCUGCAGAGAUGAAGCCAAAUUCCUCCCUUGCCCUCCAUCUGCGCUGGAUCCAGGGGCCCUUUUGCUCUCAGUGGUGAUGCCCGACUGGCAGGGGCACAGCAGGGACUUUUCGCUUGCAGGGUUCAGCAGCCCCUGAGACCUGUCUUGGCCAGUGCUAGAAGAGAGUGGCUGGAGAUGGAGCUGGGCAUAGGACAAGGCAGUGUGCAUGGUGGCAAGGUGUCCCACAGCACACACCAGUACCCCGAGAGAUGGACAACCUCGGCAUUUCCAUCUUGUGUGCUGAAUUCUGCCCAUGCCAGGCCGUGUGCUGGGAUAACAGCGCAGCAAAACACCAGCAGGUUGAACUCCCCAGCCUUGCUUGUCCUCUGCGGGAUUUGUUAUUGUAAGACUCCUGGCCCAAAUGAGGAGCAAAUGGGGACGGUAAUGAGGGCUGUGCUCGUGCCGUGCCCCCUCCCGCUCCCCGGCUGCUGCAGAUGGACAGAGGCAGGGAGGGCCCCUGGUGACAAAUUGUGCUCAGAGCCAAGCCGAUCCUAGCCAAUGUUUGGACACUGCUGGCAGAACUACAGCAGGGACCAUUUGCUAUUUUCUUUCCUUGUCCCAAACUGAAACUCUCCCAGGAUUGGGGGGUGACCUGCCCGCAAGUGGCAUCUCGCAUCAAGUGCCCAGGCAGAAGCAGCAGGAGGAGUGGGAUGCAUAGAGGUAUGAGCCUUGCACCCUCCUACUGAGAAUCUUUCCUGCACCUCCUGAUACUGUCUGCAUCCCAAAGAGCCUAGGGAGAGCCAGGCGGGCAGAGAUCACUGUCAAACACUGCAACAGCAAAUUAUAGAAUAAUAGAAUUAUUUGGGCUGGAAAAUGUCUUCGAAGAUCAUCUAAUCCAACUGCCCUGCUAUGGGCAUGGACAUCACUUUAGCAGAUCAUACUGAACCGUUCUGCCAGGAGGGGACAGCCAGCUCUGGGUGGGUUGUGUCAAAUCAGCAGAGUUUGCCACUGCUCUUGGUUGCCAGCUUCGUGCUGCAGCUGUGCCCAGUCCUGCAAGUCCUGCUAUAUUCAUUAUAUACAGCACCUCUCUGCUGUAGGAAUAAAACCUGGGACCAGCCUGGGAGACCUGAGCAGGGAUAUGUGUGCCUGAGCAGGACCACUGAAAUCCCCUGGCACCUAUCUUCACCCCUGUCCUCUCUUGAGCAUCCUUUCUCUCACCUUCUGGUUGGUCUGUGCUUGCUUCUGCUGCAGCCCAUCACACUGUCACCUUCAUGCCAUCCCCAUCCCCUGCCCACCCUGAUGCCCCAGCACUCCUGAUCAUUUCCCCAAAUCCCCUCUCCUUUAUGCAAAUGGCUACUAAGAACACUUAAUCAUCCUUGUUAAUUGUCUUUGCCCUACCCUGUUUCCCCCCCACGCCCCCCCAAGCCCUCCUGGGGACUUUCUCACAAAUGGUGUCUAACUUUUCCCUUCUGUGUUUUGCUUUUCCACAACACCCUGCUUCCAGUCCCCCCCAGCCCUCUGUUUACACAACUGGGACAAAUUUCACACCCUGGGGACUGCUACCCCUGAUCCCCCAGCCCAACACUCUCCUGCCACAAAGAAUUUGUGAGUCACUGGCCAGGGAAGGGCUAUAUAUAAAGCUAUCCUCACAAAGAGCCUGCAGCCUUGGAGGGGACACCGCUGCCACCAUGGAAGCUGCUGCCUGUUGCCUGCCUCUCCGCCGGCUCCCAUUGCCCACAGCUGGCGCUUGCCCAGCCCCGGGGCUGCAGCAGGGGGGAAGAACCAAGCCACUCUGGAGACCAUGGCUGCCCCAGGAGGAGUACAUGACCAGGAGGCAGAGGGAGCAGAUGGACACUGCUCAGCCCCUCGAUGCUGCAGGAGACCACAGCAGUGACAAAGCGCUAGCACUGUUCCGCCACCCAGUCAGGCUCCUGUGGCCCAAAUCCAGGUGCUUUGACUAUCUGUACAGCGUGGGGGAGAAGCUGCUGGAGAACUUCCCGGUGCAGGCCACGCUCUGCCUCUACGACGACUCAGACAGCGAGGGGGACGAGGCCGAAGAUGACGAUGAGGAUGGGGAUGAGGGGAACGAAGGCGAGGCCGGAGGUGCUGUGGCCGCGGUAGGGGCAGGCUCCCCGCGGCCGGCCUGAGGGCAGCGCGCGUGGCACAGGGAUGGAGGACGACCGAAGCGCCGGGCAGUGCGGGGCCCUCGUGCCGCGGGGCAGCCGUGAGCCGGGCCCGGCAGCCCGAGCAGCUGUGACGCUGGGCGCGAUGGAGGGCCCGGCCCCGUGGAGCGGGCACAGGGCCCAGCGGGCCUGGCAGACGGUUUGCGGAGAAAUAAA